CCCAGCUCUUCCACGGCGUCCUUUUCAAAUCGAUCCAACCAUUUCUACAAGCAAUCUGCUUCUCUCUUCUUCUUUACCAGCACCAACCUCAAGAUCUAGAUAGGGAGAGAGCAUGGAGGUAGAGAGGCCCGUGUCAAUGAUGCCGGGGCUGGCCGACGGGUUCUUCACGGAGGCCGACCUGGCCGCGGCGGACCAACUGGUGCAGCUCAGCGUGAGCGGGGGGGCGGAGGCGACAUCCCCAACGUCGUCCUCGCUGUCGGUGCAGUCGGUGAACAACACCGAGGCGGCGCCGAGGAAGGGCAGCUGCGAUGACGCGGCGCCGUGGAUGGACAGGAGGGCAAGGAAGCGGUACCGGCGGGUGGCCGAGCUCUACCACGCCACCAGGCCGCUUAAGCGCACGGAAGCCGGCGGCAAGCGGAGGAGGGCGGAGAUCGUGGGGAAUCGAUAGGAGGGAUCAGAUCGAUCAGCCCACUGGGCUAACUGCGCAUUUGUGUAAAUACUUCGUUUUGUAAGGCGUUUACUUUUUUAUUUACUUCUCUGUUUGCCUUUUCCCCUGCGCGAGUGGUCAUGGUCGAUGAAAGCAGCAAAGCUAGCUUUGUACAGAGUUUUGAAUAGUUUUGAAUUUCGAUGAUGCAGCAGCUCGAUCA